AUGCCUACUCAUACUGGUCCAGGUACCAGUAAGGUGCAACAGGAGGACCGGCGCAGUAUCACCGACUUGACCAUCUCCGUCAGCUUUUCAAAACCUUCAGUGUCCGCACAAGCAUCAAGAUGGAGGAGUACAGAGUUCAGAUUCUACGCUGUGGCCUUUGCCCUAGUGGUCCCCAUGAUGGUGUACAUCCCGAUGCGCUAUAGCUCGCAAACCAACCUCAAUUAUAUGUUGUAUGCUUGGAGGCUGUCCCCGGGCUGGAUAUUCGGAUGGAAAGUCGACAAUAGCGACCAUCAAUACCAUACUUUCCGCUCGGGUCUACCUUCCCUCGUCCUCCUCGCUGCCCUCCACUUGGCCUCGUCCAGUCUCGCAAGGCGAUUCAGCUCGACCUCAGAAACAAAAAUCAGAAUAGGCGCAGGUCUCUCCAUUGGUAUUCUGUUCAUCUUACAUGGUCUAUCCACUAUAAAGAUCCUCAUCAUCUUAGCUGGAAACUAUGCAGCUGCCAAGUGGACAAAGCCUGAGACUUUGGACAAGUUCUGGCCAGGGAUGGUCGUCGUAGGCAACAUGGGAAUCUUGUUCUUGAAUGAGAGAUUUGAGGGAUACCCACUUGCCCGUAUACAUCCAGCUCUGACCUGGCUCGAUCAAGUCUCUGGCGUCUUACCACGGUGGCAUAUCAACUUCAAUAUCACCAUGUUGCGAUUGGUGUCGUUCAGCCUAGACUACCAUUGGAGGCGACAGGCCAAUACGACAACGACGCCACCGAUGGACUACCGUAGUCGAGUGACUUCGUUACUGGAAGACGAUGCGUACAGCCCGGCAGGAUAUCUUGCGUAUUGUCUUUACCCUCCGCUAUACAUCGCUGGUCCAAUUAUGACCUUUAAUGACUUUAUCUGGCAGCAACGUCAACCCGUCACCAUCACACCUCGAGAAAAGCUCUCCUAUGCAAUUCGCUUUGCGUCCUGUCUCUUGACCAUGGAAUUGAUACUCCACACAAUGUACGUCGUGGCUAUCAAAGACUCGUCAGCGUGGAAUGGAGCUGGACCAGCUCAAUUGUGCAUGAUUGGAUUUUGGAAUCUCGUUGUGGUGUGGCUCAAGCUCCUCAUUCCCUGGCGGUUCUUCCGCCUUUGGGCCCUGCUGGACGGUAUAGAUCCGCCCGAAAACAUGAUUCGAUGCGUGGCUAAUAAUUACUCGACACUUGGGUUCUGGCGAUCCUGGCAUAGAUCCUACAACCUAUGGAUCGUGAGGUAUAUCUACGUUCCCCUCGGUGGAUCUCGAAACGUUAUUCCCUCGACACUCCUAGUCUUCACCUUCGUCGCUUUGUGGCAUGACCUCAGCUUCAAGCUAUUGGCAUGGGGGUGGCUAGUCAGCUUAUUCAUUUUACCGGAACUGCUUGGAAGACGACUAGUCUCCUCCAAACAAUAUGGCGAUCGAUGGUGGUAUCGUCACGUAGCGGCUCUAGGAGGAGUCUGUAACAUUCUCAUGAUGAUGUCGGCCAAUUUGGUUGGCUUCGUUCUGGGCCUAGAGGGACUGAGGCACUUGUUGACGGAGCUGGCGACUCCGGCAGGGAUCAUCUUUACCAUCUUUGCAUCGUGCUGCCUCUUCAUUGCGGUGCAAGUCAUGUUCGAAUACAGGGAGGAAGAGUUGAGGAAAGGUAUAGAUAGGAAAUGCUGA